AUGGACAGAAGCGAGUGGUGGCAAGGCGAGUUGGCAGACGACGUCUACCGCGUCCUUCGAGAGAAGGAGCUGUCGCUGCCUCGGUUUUGCGCACGCUCGCCCCAGCUGCACCUCCGUCGCCACUUCGUCGACCUCCUGGCAACGCUGAGCGAGCGCCUGCAGCUGAGUGUGGCCACGCACCACCUGGCCAUCGCAAUGUUAGACGUGUUCAUGGACCGCCACGACAUCACCGUCCGCUGCCUCUACACCUGCUCAAUCUGCUACCUCAUUAUAGCAGCCAAGUUCGAGGAGAUGGAUGAGCACGUGCCGCGACUGGACUGGGUGAACCGGUUGGAGGUGAUGAUCAAGCAAGGGCUGAGUCUGUCCAAGGAGGAAUUGCAGCAGACGGAGUUCCUGCUGCUGCGUACACUCGACUGGAACCUGUGCACGCCCACAGCGGCGCACUUCGUGGACUACUUCCUGUGGCUGUCGCGGCGUGAGGACGCCCCGGCUGGAGGCUCGUCCUACCGGCACGCGUACACCAUCAAGUACACGGCCCACUUCCUUCAGCUCGCCCUGCAAGACCACAUAUUCCUGAGUUUCCGUCCAUCCGUGGUGGCGGCUGCAAGCAUAGCAUUGGCCCGUAUAGAAGUGAAGCUGCCCUCUGCGUGGACUCUGUACAUGCAACACUUCACUGGCCUCGCCUGGGAGAUGAUCCUGCCGUGCGUGGAGCAGCUGAUUUGUAAAUACAACUUCAACAGGAAGCAGGUCAUGGAGCUUCAGGAAAAUCCUGCUGUCCACUCUGAGCAGCCCUCCCACUCAGCCUCAGCCAUACCACGUCAUCUGGUGCCCAAGUCGGUGCAGACGCCACCUGUGGAGGUGGGUCAGGAGAUGGAGUCGUCGUCGCCGCCGCUGCCGCCGCCGUUCAGCAAAGAGACCCUUGGCAACAUUUGGGAUGACCACGAUUUGGCCGCGCAAGCCGCGUGUCAGCAGGAACCUGGCCAUUGA